AUGACUGCGGAACACUUGGAUAAGGAUGAUGAUGGUGAUGACUCAGAUGACUUAAGGAUGACUAGAUGUCUGGGAUAAUUAGGAUGACUGGGAUGAGAUGAAUUGGGUGACUGGGGUGUCUGAUACAACUCGGUUGACUGAUAUGACUAAGAUGACUUUGAUGACUAUAAAGAUGAUGAAUGGGAUAUCUGGGAUGUCUAUGAUAACUGGUAUAAUGGGGAUUACUAUGAUUUCUGGGGAGACGUGGAUGAUUGUGAUGACUUUGGUGACUAUAAUUAUUUUCAUGAUUGGAAUGUCUGGGUUGACUAGGAUGACUGGGAUGACUGUGAUUACUGUGGUGGCUGGAAGGACUGAGAUAACUAGGAUGACUGGGGCAACCAGGAUGAGUAGGAUGAUCGACUGGCAUGACUAGGAUGAAUUGAAUGACUUCAAUGACUGGGAUGACAAGGAUAACUGUUAUUACUGAGAUGGCUGGGAUAACAAGGAAAUAAACUGAGAUAAGUGGGAUGACUGAGAUGCAGUAGAUGAAGUAUAAGGGCACAAUUAUGCAAAUGUGGGGUGCUUUUGUCAGUGUAAAACAAUUUGUUAAACAAGAUAGUAGCUUGUCGGUGUGAUAAAGGACAACCAAUUUACUGUUAUGUCAUUUUAUAUACAUUUUAAUAAUGUGUGAGCUUACAAUGUACAUUGUAACCUCUCCUUCAGCUAAGAAACCUGAAAAAGAUUUGAGCGUUAAGAAUGUGGGGAGGGGGAUUUGGAAAAUUGUGCGUACCUCUUUCUCCAAACAUUCUAGCUAUGCCCCUGUGUUUUAUUGCUGAAGGGUAUUACUGCUUAUUAUCAUACUUGAGACAAGAGUUAUUUCUCUACCGUGGAGUUAAUGAUUUAAAAACAAGCAUUGUUUGGAUUUGGUCAUUAGACAUAAUACAGAGAUUAUAUGUGAUAUCCAAACAUCUAUAAGUGGGUUUAAGAAAUGAGUGACAGCCAUUUGUUUUUAAGAUUGUGUCAUUGAAUGGAACAUUAUCGCACUCACGUCCUGACGUUAUUUCCAAACACCAUUUUUCAAGGUCAUAAAAUUAUUAUCAAAGUGUCCCCAAAUGUAAACUUGGAAAGCACGUGUAUUUUACAGCGUGAUUGAUUUGGGCGUUCAAACUGACCGAGAGUUGGGGCAAGUCAAAAAAUGAUUCCAAGGGAGAGGUUGACGUGUCUAAAUAGGGAAGAGGGAGGGGAAGGGGAGGAAAAAAUAUGCCUGCACGCAGCCACUGAUUGUUUGGCGAACACUGUACACUGGAUGGAUAGGAGCUCUGAUUGCUGCGGUUUCGGAUGUUUCGAUUGCCAGCUGCGAAUCAAGGUCACAUUGGAACACACAUGUUGCAGGCCUUCUCUGGCGGUGUGUUUGUAAUACCCAGAUUCAUCGAGAUUUUGAAAAUUAUGAUUUUGUGCUUGAGGAAUUCUUUCAUAUCCCUUAUCGGUCGGAGCAAAAGCAAGUGGUUAGAAAAAUAUAUUACACUAUUGUUAAGAUGAGAUUUAUUGGCCUCAUCUUUCAGUUUUUAGUUCAAGUGAAGGAAAUCUUGAAAAGUAAACUUGCAUGUGUGAUCUUUGUUUGACCUCUGAAAAGUUACUUCCACAAUCAGUUGUCCAAAGUCCUUCUGAUUUGUCCAUGAUAGCAACUGAUGAGGAAUGCUUUAGUUCCGAAACUGCUUCUAAAAAAAGAAAAUACAAGUAACCAACACUGGAAGAACGACGGGAUAUCGUGCUCCAGUCAUUUCAAGAAAAACAAUAGAUAGUAUCAGUGCCUAAAGAAUGAUAUUGACUACCUACUUACAGGGCAAUUCUCUAUAGCUAAAUUGCUGUAGCUUCAGUUCAAGCUACAAUUCAUAUCUAUAGAUCACUAUCCAUAAGAAUUUAACAUCUUGCAAACAACACUUAAGAGCUUGGCAUAGCACCAAAGAAUUGCAGGGAAUCAUCACCUUCACCGACCAUAAAACUAUAGUACACAGUACUGCACCUGUAGUUAUUCAAGUCCAAGCGUUGUGGAAAAUGACUAAAGAGACAAAAAUCUUUAUUUAAAGGUUGUGUGUAUUUAUUUGCAACAAAAAGCUUACGGCUUUUAGAAAAAAGGUGCUAAACUGCAUCGAGAUAAAAUCCUGUCAAAAAGUUAAAACACUUACACGAAACAUUAAUUACAGGAAGAAAAAAAAACAAAAUGCAUAGAACAGACCAGUUUUAGAUCCUCUUAAUGUUAGACUAGCGGCAAAAAUAAGAUUUGCUCAGUCAAAAUUUAGAACACCCGAUGCAUUAUAUAAUUUGCCUGCUAAAAAGAAGGAAAACCUCUAAUUCAAUUUAGCAAACUCUUUGUUCACAUUUCACAUUAUCAUGAGCCUAUGGGUCAGGUUUGACCUGUUAACACUUUAAUUCCAUUAUUGUUGAUGUAAAUUUGUGGCUUCCGGAACAAUAAAUGAACUAGAUUUUCAUUGGCUGCAAAUUCAUUUCUGGAAAAGCAGUCAGACCUAACUAAUUAGGGGGCGUUCAGCAAAUUCAUAGGCUCUGCUGGCAGGUGUUUUUCCUUUUUCUCCCCGCCCUUCCAGGGCUCGACACUAACUUUUCAACUUACUAGUCUACCCUUGUAAAAAUUUGUAAACGAUCGCUGUCAAAAUUGCGUAGCGUUUUUGGCCAGAUUUCGCGGCACGAUGAGAGCAAUCGUGUCGCGAUCGCUGUCAUCGAUCGCUGUCAUCGAUGGCUUAGCUUUUUUGGCCGGAUUUCGUGGCGGGAUGAGAGCGAUAGCGCCGCGAUUGCUUUGUUUUUGGCCCGAAUUCGCAGCGCGAUGGUAGCGAUCGUGGAGUGUGAAGUACGUAUAGCGUCUUUGGCCGAAUUCGGCGCGGAGCGUUGUUAGCGAUCGCUCCAGACAGACAGUAAAAUAAUAUAUUAAAAAUGUAAUUUCCCGGCGCACGAUCGCGAUCGGGGAUCAGCAUAUCGAUCGUUUAAGUUGUGUGCGUGCGUGUGUCGUUAGGUAUAUUAGGCAUAAUUAUGUUAAGUCGGAAAUUGUUUAAUGAGGGGGGUCAAUAGGAAAUUGGGUGCGGCCUUAGGGCGAAAUUCAAUCCUUCAGCGGGGGGGGGGGGGGGGGGGGGGGGGUUGCAACAAGGGAGGUGGUUUUCUUUUUCUGAACCAACCCCCCCCCAGUUUUUUUAUCCCCCCCAAAACUUUUUUCUCAAAAAAAAUCUCUUUUUUUUUUAACCAGACAGCACGAAAACACCGCCACACAAAAAAAAAAACACAAAAAUAUACAACACAACCCACAAAUAGAGUGUAGUAUCGAUGCUAAUCAAUGUGACUACAGUACUAGUGGAAGCUGUACUAGGACCCGAGUUAAGAGGAAACGCGAAAUUUCAAGCGGACUAGAUGAGGGGGCCAAGGAAGGGGUGCGUGAUCUGACAAAUGGCACAUGGUAACUUUUGUAGACAUCAAAUCCCCUCAAUUGUGUAUAUCCCAGCAACACUUUCCUUCUAAGGACAUAUCAUUUUUUUCUAAAUCCGACAGUCAGCAAAAACUCGCCAUAAAAAAAAAAAAACAUAUUUUGAGUGACUGAUCCAAUAAGUGCCCCUGACGUGUUGCCCGCAGAUAUAUCUUGCAUUACUGGUUUACGGCUCGAUAUGUAGUUAAUUUUCCUCGUAUGCGAUCAUUACAUGUUUUGUUGUCUCUCAAACCAAAGAUCCUGACCUGUACGAGAAAAUAAAGACUUAUGACAGAAGGAGAACUGGAAAGGAAGGCAAGAUAUCCGCCAUAACCGACGGUGAGGAAUAUCACAAGCACGUGCCUAGUGGCUUCCUCGCAAACCCAAACAAUAUUUCUCUUUCAUUCAACACUGAUUGCGGUUGCGGUUGCGGUUGCGGUGUUCCACAGCUCUAA